GCCAUAAAACCGUGUUUCCUCACUGGUUACGGCACCAAACUAACAAGAUGACUAGUCUCUCUGCUAAGGACAAGGACACCGUCAAAGCCUUCUGGGCCAAGAUCUCUCCCAAGGUGGGAGACCUCGGCAAAGAUGCUCUGGGCAGGAUGCUGGUGGUCUACCCUCAGACCAAGACCUACUUCGCCCACUGGAAGGACCUGAGCCCCGGCUCUGCCCCGGUGGCAAAGCACGGAAAGACCAUCAUGUCUGGAGUCGGUGAGGCUGUGGGCAAAAUCGACAACCUGACUGAAGGUCUCCUGAACCUCAGUGAGCUGCACGCCUUCACCCUGAGGGUGGAUCCUGCCAACUUCAAGAUCCUCGCUCACAACAUUCUGGUAGUUUUGGCCAUCCAGUACCCCAGCGACUUCACCCCUGAGGUGCACGUGUCCAUGGACAAGUUCCUGUCCUCUCUGGCUCUGGCUCUGUCUGAGAAAUACAGAUGAACAUCUGGAAGAGGGAGCAACGAGCAUGAGGUGUUUCUGCUUAUGAUCAAUAAAAACCUGAAUGUGAAAAAAAAAGCACAAAA